AUCUGCAGGGAUUUAUUCAGACUCAAGAACGCACCGUGGACGCGCGCUUUAGCCAAAAUGCAUCUGUGCCUCUCUAACGAUCUCGUACCAUAAAUGAUAUGUCUACAAAAGGACGCUCUUACAACUAAUUCCAGGAUUAUAAUUACUUAAAGCCAAACUUGGUCCAACUCAGUAUCCAACUUUCCACAGAACCAACAGGUGCGCACUUGCGUUGCGCAGAAGCGGCUGGUCUGGAGGCUUUGGAGGAGGAUUUGACUUGAUUUAGGGAGAUAUAAAUUUCACUUUUUUCCAGAAGGACUGAUGAUUAAGAUUAUGUGGAUUCUACUCUGCGUUUAUCCUCUCCAAAUGUGUCCAAAACAGCACCGCUGUCCUGUAAUCGACGCAUGUGUGUGGUGAUACAAACCAUCCCGUCAACAGCGUUUUGAGAUCGCCAACCACCACUCAUCCAAAUGAUCCUUCCAUUAUUCUUCCUUCUUGCAUCGCUUCUCCAACAUUAUGGCUCGGAAGCUGAAUCAAGUCAUGUCAGCAAGUUUCACCCUCCAGGUGUAAAGGAGCAAAACGGAGUGCAGGAUUCCCAUCAGGAGAAGAUCAUAACAGUGACUGGAGAGGGAAUGGUCCAGAGCCCAGACUUCCCGCACACGUAUCCCAGGAGUACCAUGCUGGUCUGGAGACUUGUGGCGACCAGCAACAUGAGGAUCCAGCUCACCUUUGAUGAGAGGUUUGGUCUGGAGGACCCUGAGGAUGGCAUAUGCAAGUACGACUUUGUGGAGGUAGAGGAUCUGACUGAGAAGACCAUCCUGGGUCGCUGGUGUGGGUCACAGUCGGCACCGGCUAGUCACACCUCCAAAGGCAGCCAGGUCAGGAUCCGUUUCAUCUCUGACGAGUACUUCCCCUCUGAGCCGGGAUUCUGCAUCCGCUACUCCCUUCUUCCUGAGAGUGUAUCAGAGCCAGAAGUCCCUGCGGUUCUCCCCCCAUCCCUGCAGGGUAUUGAGGAGUUGUCAGAGGCUGUGGCAGGGCUGAGCACCGUGGAGGAGGUCAUGAAGUACCUGGAGCCGGAGCGAUGGCAGGUGGAUAUGGAAGAGUUGUACAAACCCACAUGGCACGUGCUGGGGAAAUCCUUCAUCCAUAAUAAGAAAGCCAGAGGAGGAGCUGAUCUCAAUCUCCUGAGGGAGGAAGUUCGACUGUACAGCUGCACCCCGCGCAACUUCUCCGUGUCCCUGCGGGAGGAGCUGAAGAGGACGGAUGCCAUUUUCUGGCCAAGCUGCCUCCUGGUGAAGCGCUGCGGUGGAAACUGCGCCUGCUGCUCUCACCGCUGCUACGACUGCCAGUGUGUUCCCGCCAGGGUCACCAAGAAAUACCAUGAGGUUCUACUGUUGAAGCACCGGAGUGGCGGCCGAGGCCUGCAGAAGUCCAUGACUGAUGUGCCCUUGGAGCACCAUGAGGAGUGCGCCUGUGUGUGCAAAGACGACUGGGACUGACCUCCAACAUGUGUAACAGCUGCCAAUGGAAUCACGCAGGAUGCUCGAAAUGAACCUCCGCUGCCGUUGCGAUGCUCUGUAUCUCAUUCACUUCCACUGGAAGCUAACAAGAUUCUCCCUUUAUCCUGUUGUCCUUUCGCUAAUUGGAUUAAGCAGAACAGACUGGAAUCUAAUAAAUCUCCUGAAUGGAUUCGACUGCUGUGGAAUGCCAAUAGUGUGCUCAGAGUGCAUUUUAGAGAGACAAAAAGACACUGGAGCAGAUCUGGACUGUUACCUAUGUGCUCUGAAGACU